CCUCGCAACGCGCCUCCUCCGCCUCUGCUAAUUGAAGCGAGAUCGAUCGAAACCUAAAAUUAGAACAAGGAAACAAAGAAGAGGAAUCGACAGGAGGAUGACGAUCUCGGCGAGUCUUGGCCUAACAGGUGUUGUCAUCUUGUUUCUGUUCCUUUUUUUAUCUUACCCACCUGGCAUUGCCCGUCCUCUCUUUCUCUUCAAUUUGAGGGCUUCCUCGAAUUUGAUCGCCUUGGGGUCAUGUGACAUGAGGAGGUUCCCCGUUCCGAUUAUCUUUUGCUAGAUUAUUCGAACGGGUUUAACCUCCCGAGCUUGGUUCUUAGUUCUUAUAGUUUUCCCCUCGUAUUUUUAUUCCUGAAGGAUUCGUUUGCGGCUUCCCCAAAUUAUUGUUUUCUUCUUUGUUUGGGUUUUUGCCCACGGAAAGGUCUUACCUUGCCGUGGGUUCUGCUCGAUCUCAACGAAAUCCGUGGAAAAGGUUCGACCUUGACUAAAUUCCAAUGGGAAAUUGCUACGCCACCCCCAUUGAUCCCGAGGAGACAACGUCGGAGCAACUCAAUAAGAAGAAGUCAAGGAAGAGGCUCUUCGGUGGCGGACACCGCCUCGUCGUCCUAAAAAAUCCCACUGGGGGGAACAUCCGGAAGCGAUACCAGCUCGGAGAGGAGCUCGGCCGCGGAGAGUUCGGCGUGACCUACCUCUGCACCGACAAGGUCACCAGGGAGCAAUUCGCUUGCAAGUCCAUAUCCAAGAAGAAGCUCCGAACCAAUGUGGACAUCGAGGAUGUGAGGAGGGAGGUGGCGAUCAUGAGGCAAUUGCCGACCCACCCUAACAUUGUAAGCCUGAAAGAUACCUUCGAGGACGACAGCGCAGUCUACCUUGUCAUGGAGCUCUGCGAAGGAGGGGAGCUCUUCGAUAGGAUUGUAGCAAGGGGGCAUUACACCGAACGGGCAGCAGCAAUGGUGAUCCGAACCAUCGUCGAAGUGGUCCAGAACUGCCACAAGCAUGGGGUGAUGCACCGAGAUCUUAAACCUGAAAAUUUCUUGUUUGCGAACGAAAGGGAAAAUGCUCCUCUGAAAUCAAUUGACUUUGGGUUAUCUAUAUUCUUUAAACCUGGUGAGCGGUUUAAUGAGAUAGUUGGCAGCCCUUAUUACAUGGCUCCAGAAGUUUUAAAGAGAAAUUAUGGUCCUGAAGUAGAUGUUUGGAGUGCAGGAAUUAUCCUAUACAUCCUGCUUUGUGGUGUACCACCAUUUUGGGCAGAAACGGAACAAGGCAUUGCACAGGCAAUUAUUAAUUCAAAACUUGAGUUUAAAAGAGACCCUUGGCCAAAAGUUUCUGAUGGUGCCAAAGACCUUGUCAAGCGGAUGCUAGAUCCAGAUCCGAAUAGGCGUUUGACAGCUCAAGAAGUGCUAGAUCACCCUUGGUUGCAAAAUGCCAAGAAGGCUCCCACUACCAAUCUCGGCGAAACUGUUCGUGCAAGGCUCCAACAAUUCUCAGUCAUGAAUAAAUUGAAGAAGAGAGCUCUUAAGGUAGUAGCUGAGCAUUUGUCUGUGGAGGAAGUUGCUGAUAUAAAAGAUAUGUUUAAUAAGAUGGAUAUAAAUGACAACGGACACUUGACUCUUGAAGAGCUAAAGCAUGGUUUGCAUAAGCUUGGCCACCAGAUUCCUGAUACAGAGAUUAAGAUUAUAAUGGAAGCUGCUGAUGUUGACGGAAAUGGUAGCUUGGACUAUGGAGAAUUUGUUGCAAUGUCGAUGUAUCUGAAAAAGAUUGGAAAUGAUGAACACUUGCACAAGGCUUUCCAAUACUUUGAUCAGGAUAAGAGUGGAUACAUAGAAAUUGAAGAGCUCAGAAGCUGCUUGGCUAAUGAUUUAGGUCCUAAUCACGAAGAAGUGAUUAAUGCCAUAAUUCGUGAUGUGGACACUGACAAGGAUGGGAAGAUAAGCUAUGAAGAGUUUGCCGCAAUGAUGAAAGCUGGUACUGACUGGAGGAUAGCAUCGAGGCAGUAUUCAAGAGAGCGAUUCAGUAGAGUAACUUCAAAUCUGAUGAAAGAUGGAUCUUUACAGUGAUUGAAGUAUUUAUUUGAUAACUUUAAACUAAAUAUUUUUUUUCAUCCAUUGGUUGUGAUUGAUAUUCAGUCCCCAGUCAAUUUGCGACUAAGUUCUUUCUGCACGCCAUUCUUUGUUUGGCUUCUUUGAAUAUGUUCAAGGGAUUGAUGAAAGUUUGGGGUUUUGAGAAAUUUGUAUAACAGAGGAUGCCAAUGGGGUGAAUGAUCAUAAAUGUGUUUGUAUGUGUCAAGUGCUAAGCAGGCACCUACUUGUAACUUUAUACCUUGAAAGUAAUAAAUGAUUGCAUUUAAAA